GACCUCGGCCCGGAAUGCCCCUCGGCUCGCCCCGGGCUCACGUCCCGAUCCCGGCUUGAGUGGCCCGGGGUGGGUGACCUGAAGUUGUAGCCUCGCUGCUCUCGAGGCGGAUAAUUAGCCCAAGAAACACUAUAUUCAUGCUUAGGUGGAGAAAAGCAGGGCUAGAAUUGGAAUCCAAAGCCCAGGAUGGCAGGAGAGGAUGUGGGGGCUCCACCCGAUCACCUCUGGGUUCACCAAGAGGGUAUCUACCGCGACGAACACCAGCGCACGUGGGUGGCCGUCCUGGAAGAGGAGACGAGUUUCCUAAGGGCACGAGUUCAGCAAGUUCAGGUUCCUUUAGGUGACGCAGCCAGGCCAAGUCACCUUCUCACCUCCCAGCUACCUCUCAUGUGGCAACUCUACCCCGAGGAGCGCUACAUGGAUAACAACUCUCGCUUGUGGCAGAUCCAGCAUCAUUUAAUGGUCAGGGGAGUACAGGAGCUGUUGCUUAAGCUUUUGCCUGAUGAUUAAUCUGGUGCUGGGAUUCUAGGAAGAUAUGCCCCUCUGUUCUGUUCAGUAUAUGGCAAUCACGUCAUCCACCACUGCAGUGCACCCACCUGUGGGCCUGUGGGGAGGGAGUGGGUUGAAAAACUGCUCAAGAACACAGAAGUUUAG